AUGCAUCAGCUCAAUGAGGACAAAAACUUUCACUUCGAGCUCCUCCGUAUCUUAGCUUCAGUGAGAGGCUUUGGAGCGGAUGUGAGCGAGGUUCUUAAUGUUUGUGAGAAGCUCAUACCUGGCGAUUUCGAGAGCUGGUAUAUUGAGUUUCGCAAACUUGCCGAAUGGGUCGAAACCACUAUCGAUGAGAACGAAUAUGAUAAAGUUUCCUUGAGAGAUGCCUACUGGAGAGCCUCACGUUAUCACUUUGCCUGCGGCUUCUUCUUUCAGGCGGAGCAGGAGGAUCCAAGAGCACUUGCUGUCUACGAAAAAUGGGUUGCUCUGUUCGACAAAGGUUGCAGCAUGAUGGACAUUCCACCAGAACGCAGCACGCUUCAAGCGAAAGGAUUUCAAGUCCCUGUCAUCCUCUUUCGGUGUGCGUUGGACGAUCAACCUAGGCCCACAUUGAUCAUCGGGAAUGGUUUGGAUGGUUCCAUGGAGGAAAUGCUACACAUGAACGGUCUCCAGGCGUUGGAAAGAGGCUAUAAUGUCAUCCUCUACGAAGGUCCUGGUCAACCUUCUGUCCGCCGAAGUCAGCAGAUUGGUUUCAUUUAUAAUUGGGAAGAUGUUGUCACUCCGAUUAUGGAUCAUUUGGAGAACCUGGCUUUCGUGGACAAGACCAAGAUUGCUCUUCUCGGAAACUCUCUUGGUGGUUGGCUCGCUGCGCGUGCAGCCGCUUUCGAACACCGUCUAGCUGCUGUUCUCCUCAUUGACGGCAUUUACGACUUGCACAGCGGCAUUGGUUCACUGAUUGGGCCAGAUGUGAUGCAGUUUCAUGAGCAGGGUGACGAAGAAAAGUUCAAUGAUGGAAUCCGGAACCUCAUGGAGAAAUCCGUCAAUCUCAAGUUCUUGUUGAAUCAGGCUUCUUGGGCCUUCAUGUCCAGCUUUUACGGUUUCAUGGAUCAGGCGAAGAAGAUGACUCUGAAGGGAAUCGAGGACAAGUUCACUUGUCCAGUUUUCAUAGCUGGGGCGGAAAAUGACAUCUUUGACAAGGUUGACCAGCCAGGGCAGGCGGCACAGGCGUUGGGUGAUAAGGCCUUCCUCAGGAGAUUUACAGUGCAAGAAGGUGCAGAAGCUCAUUGCCAUGUUGGUGCCGUUGCAUUCCUCAAUCAGGUGAUUUUAAGCUGGUUGAGCAAACAGCUGGGCAAUAAGGAUAUGUUCACUACGAACGGUAUCGUCAAAGACGACGUCAAUGGCUUCAGCACACUAUAG